AUGAAAGCGAUCUACGCCGUUCCGGCGACUCUGGCUCUGGUCUACCGGGCCUGGUCGCACCAAUCUCUCACCCCCGCGGGCAUCGUCGCUGCCGUCAUUACCGCUAUCGCCCACGCUUACCACCCCUGGAACCUUCCUUUUGCGCUGCUCUGCGUGUUUUUCCUCGCCGGAACAAGGGCCACGAAGGUCAAGAAGGAUGUCAAGGCUACUCUGACCGUCGCUUCUGCGGGCGCUUCAGGAGGAGAGGGUCCUCGCACCCACGUUCAAGUCUUCGCGAACUCCCUAAUGGCUUCCUGCCUGUCUCUGCUCCACGCCUACCAACUCAACAAGCGAAAGGAGGCGAUCGUCGACACCUCUACUCCGAACCCCGACGGCACCCUCUGCUUCUCCUGGGGAGGCGACCUCCUCGUCAUCGGCAUCAUUGCCAACUACGCCGCCGUCGCUGCCGAUACCUUCAGCUCCGAGCUGGGAAUCCUGGCCAAGAGCGAGCCGCGCUUGAUUACAUCCCCUACCUUCCGCAAGGUUCCGCGAGGCACGAAUGGAGGUGUGACGCCACUUGGUAUCGCCGCCGGCGCGCUUGGAUCCAUGAUCAUCGUCACGGCUUCGAUGGUCUUCCUGCCUUUCUGCGGCGAGACUACUGCUGGAAAGGUUGGCGGCGGUCUCGGCUCCUGGACCACCCAGCAGCGAUCGACGUUCAUGCUCGGCAUGACUCUCUGGGGCGUUCUCGGAAGUCUACUCGACAGCGUGCUCGGCGCUGUCUUCCAGCGCUCCGUGAGAGAUGUGCGAACUGGCAAGAUCGUCGAGGGGGAGGGCGGAACUAAGGUGCUGGUGUCCACCGACCCGGCCGACCACGCCGACAAGAACCAGAAGCGCGCCGCCGUCAAGGCCGCUGUGCUGCAUGGAGAAGGCAAGCGUGCCGUGGAGAAGGUGGAUAGUGCCAUUGACGAUGUUGAUGCCCCUGAGAUCAGUGUUGACGGAAAGAGAUACGAUCCCAAGGACAAGCAUCGCAAGUCCAGCUUCGGCGACGCGCAGCCUUCGCGUGUGAUCGAGACGGGAUGGGAUCUGCUGGACAACAACGACGUGAACUUCCUGAUGGCUUUCACGAUGAGCGUGGGCGCAAUUGGUGCGGCGAGUUGGUACUGGGGUGUGCCCCUGGAGGAGAUUCUCAAUGUCUAG